GAGUGAAGAUGUUUAUCCUACACCCCUUCACCUCACUACUUCAGCCUCCGAAGCUGAAGCUAAAAAGCUGUAACUUCUCCGGCGGACCUUGCUUCUCUGCUUCACUUCAUCCUUUACCUUUUAUUACUCUUCCAAGUUCGUGUAGUCGAUGGAGACCUGAAACCUCGUCCCUAGUUGCAAGAACCAAUCGAAAUGGAGAAAGUGAAAACCAGAAAUUGCAGAAAGAAAAUGAAGAAGAUGAUGAGGAUAUGGACGAAUACGAAGACGAAGAUUAUGGAGAGGUUUCUUCUGGGAAUAAUUUCAGAGGGAGAGAAGAAGAAGAGAAGGAUUAUGACCGAGACCCGGCAUUUGCUGAAAUUCUUGGUAGUUAUUUCGAUAACCCAGAAAAAGCCCAGGCCCGAGUGGAGGAAAGAAUCAGGAAGAAAAGAAGCAAAAUACUGCACACUAAAACUGGUUCUUCUCUACCCAUGAAAGUGACAUUCAACAAAUUUAAUUCUUCAAACUCCUAUAUAUGGUUGGAAUUGUACAAUUCUCCAUUACCCAAUGAUAUCUCCUUAAUUUGCGAUACAAUACGAUCAUGGCACAUAGUUGGACGUCUUGGUGGAUGCAAUUCCAUGAACAUGCAGCUGUCACAGUCUCCUUUGGAUAAAAGGCCAAGUUAUGAUGCAAUUCAAGGAGCAAAUAUGACGCCAACCACAUUUUAUAACAUUGGUGAUUUUGAGGUUCAAGAUAAUUUAGCACGCAUAUGGGUUGAUAUUGGGACUAGUGAACCAUUGCUUUUGGAUAUUUUGAUAAAUGCCUUGACACAGAUAAGCUCAGAUUACGUUGGAAUAAAACAGGUGGUUUUUGGGGGAUCUGAAUUUGAUAACUGGAAGGAGAAUUUGUCAUCAGAGGUUGCUGGUUGCAGUGUUCACAAAAUCUAGAUCACCAUUGCCUACGAAAUUCGAUGGCUAAUCUCUGAAUACAUACAGACUAAUGAGUAGGGAAUGCAAAGAAUGACAGAUAAAUGUUUACACUUUACAGUUAAUCUUGCUGGUCUGCAUAGUUGGGGUUA